CAGGGGGCGGGGCUAACAGAAAUCCCUAGCCAGGCACAGAUGUAGCUGCAGCUAGAGAGGAGAGGCAAGGAGGGAGGAAGAGUUUCGAAGACACUGCAGAGGGAAGUGCAGCUAUGGGGAACGCACAGGACAAACCUCCGGGCACCGGAGGAGGGGGCGGGAGAUCGGAUCAGGCCACAGCCGGGAGUGGGGCGAGAGGCCGGGCUGGAGGCAGCGCGGAAAAGGCCCAGACGCACAAAGCUUCAGAGAAGAGGGUGGCCAAUGGGAGGGAAAACAGCCCUGCGGGUGGACAAGGGCAGCAAGGCAGCCCUGCAGUGGACACAAGUUACCUGGACGCCCCUUCUGGGGCCCUUCCUCCUCACCUGGCCCGGCUCAAGAAUGAAGGGAACCACCUCUUCAAACAUGGGCAGUUUGGGGACGCCUUGGAAAAGUACACACACGCCAUUGAUGGGUGUGCUGAAGCAGGCAUUGAUAGUCCAGAAGACCUGUGUAUUCUCUACUCCAACAGAGCAGCCUGUUACCUGAAGGAUGGAAACAGCACGGACUGCAUACAGGACUGUACCAAGGCUUUGGAGCUGCAGCCCUACUCCUUGAAGGCCCUGCUGCGCAGAGCUAUAGCCUAUGAGUCACUGGAGCGCUACAGGAAGGCCUAUGUGGAUUAUAAGACUGUCCUGCAGAUAGACACCGGGGUGCAGGCGGCUCACGACAGCGUCCACAGGAUCACCAAGAUGCUUAUUGAACAGGACGGACCUGGGUGGAGAGAGAAUCUUCCGGAUAUUCCCGCCGUCCCUCUGUCUGUGCAGCAGCAUCACAGAGAGAAACCGAUCAGCGUCGAAGUGGCUCAAGCUCGAGCCGCCAGGGCUGCACAGGAGGAAGUCAGAAAAAAAGAGGCCUGCUUUACUUUACUGAAACGGGAAGGAAAUGAUCUGGUCAAGAAAGGCCACUUCCAGGAGGCUCUGCAGAAGUACAAUGAAUGUCUCAGCCUAAAGUCUGACGAAUGUGCUCUCUACACAAACAGAGCCAUUUGCUUCCUGAAACUGAAUCACUUUGAAGAGGCCAAACAGGACUGUGACUCCGCGCUGCAGCUGGAGCCGAGCAACAAGAAAGCCUUCUACAGACGAGCCCUGGCUUACAAGGGCUUACAGGACUACCUGUCAGCCAGCAGUGACCUCCAGGAAGUCCUCCAGCUGGACCCGAAUGUUCGGGAGGCCGAGCAGGAGCUUGAGGUGGUGACAGGUUUGCUGAGACAGAGUCUGAUGGACAGCAGUGCACACACACCGAGGGUUUGAUGUUUGUUUGUGGAGCAAUAUGGAGGCAGUGGAAUGAAGGUGUGGACUAUAUACUGUACUGUAGCAGUUAUGGGGGAAAAGGACUUUUAAAGCCAUCAACUGUAGUAAGUAAGACUUGUUAAAAAAAAAAAAAAGGAAAUGACUGGCGUUAACUCCUGGGACGGGCUCCUCGGAUGACCAGCUCUCUUUCAGCUCUGCACCAUCCGCAACUCCUGAGUACACAACCUUACAUAAUGGGCAGCUUUAUUUAAAAAAGGCUAAUGUCAAGGUACUUGUGACCUGCUUGCACUAUAAAUAAUUCACAUUAUGAUGUAAUGCACUGUAUAUACAGAUCUGUGUAACAGGCUGCAGAGCGCUGUUAUAUGGCGGAGUAACGCGGGGGGGGGUAGGAGUGUAUUAUGUGUGCCUUAAUGAGAUUUCUACCACAGUUAGGAUGAAUUACGCCAAGAUUUAAACGUUUCACUUUGUUUUAAAGAGGUUGUGUGUGGUUCCAAUACGGUUCACUGAGCUCAUGACAAAAGACACUGAUUCAACUCAACUGUAUUGUAUGUAGAGAUAAGGGAUUUAAAAAAAAAAGGUCCAAAGUCUGGUACUAUCUUUAUGUAUCCAGAGUUUCAUCUGUUCCAGCUAUUUGUCAUUGUUUACAUGUAUUAUCACUACAGCUGCUACUUAUCAAACAAAAGACAACAAUUAUUAUAAAGAAAUUCUAAAUCUAAAGACCCUCUAAGGUGAGGUGUUAUGAUUUAACUUUAAUUUGUAAAAUGUUAUAAUAAUGAUUUACCAGUUAAAUAUCCCCCAAAUAUCCUGAGCUCAGUGUUUAGGUCAUUCUUAAUUAUAAAUUGUCACUUCAUUAGUUGUUGAAGUUAGUGUUACAGGUUACUUUAUCAUGUACUGUAAGACUUAUCGUAGGUCUCAGGUUCUAUCUUGAAUGUAACCAAGAUGAAUGUGUGUGUAUGUGUGAGUAGGUGUACCGUAUUUACGUUUUAGAAAGUCUCAUAUCAGUUUUAUUAAUGCAUCCUUGGUGACUUUUUUUUUUUCUCCAUAACUGGGAACCUGUCCAACUACAACAGGGAACUAGGCAAGGAUGUCUGUUUUCACUCUUUUUUUUAAUUUGCUCUGUUUACAGAAUCCCCUCAUCCACACCUAAAUAGGCUAUACUCUCUAUUAAACAUACAGUCAGAACAGAUCUUCAGUCCAGCCUGAUGAACUAAUACAGCUCGGGGUCUUGACUACUCCAUCAACUGAUAGUCAAUUAAUAUAACACAAAUUAUUUGGGAUGCAGCCUGUUGGGAACCCAAGAAGAAAACAGCCCUGAUCCUUGAAGUAUCUGACUGGUGGAAUAAUAGAAGUCAAGAACUCCUUAAGGUUUUGAAGUGUAUAUUCAGACUUUUGAUCCCACAUUUUAGAGCCCCUGAUCAACAGCGACCUGUUUGAAUUUCACACCUAUUAUUUAAGAGGGACAAAUUAGACCUUUGUCACUCUUAGUUAGUAGACCUCACUCCAAAGGAGCAAAGGUCUAAUUUACCAAAUCACUAAUAUAGGUGUGAAGGGCCUUUUAAAAAUCUUUUAGAAUCCCCCAUAGCACACACAAAUGUAAAUCUCCGUAUAGCACAAUGUGCCACAACCUUUCCUUCACUUUGAGGUACACCUUGAGGUAUUAAUGUAUUAAUACACAUUGUCCAAUCUUAUUUUACCUAUUACCUAUUCUUUUUUUUCGCUUGUACUGUCUAAAUAAAAGCAUAAAACUAAAUGAAAACACUUGACAUGAGGCUUGAAGUGUUGCUUCGUGGAAUGUAAAGAGCAUGUACUGUAUGUAAAUAGUUUGAAUGCAAAUGUAAAUAAUAAACAGCUAUGUGGAUGCUUUAA